AAGGAAGUGAUACGAACAACAAAUCCAUCACCGUCGUGACGAAUAGACCGCUGCCGCUGAAGCUCACAUAAAAAUAAUCUGGCGCCCGCUGAAGCCGCGAAAGCCAGUGUCCAGUCGCACGGCACACUCAGCAGCUCAUCGACGAAGGUGCCGAAUCGCGUGUGAGUGAAGAAGACCAUGGGGUGCGGGACAGCAGCGGCCGUUUUGGCCUUACUCGCCUGUGUGGUUGUGCUGGUGGAUACCGUCAGUUUGGAUCUGGGUAUUACUAAAGAAGUGGAAGAAGUGAUUGACAAGGAUGACUUCGUGCUGUCUCUCAAACAUAUCAAACCCAAGAAAAGAGGCCGUGGAGCUAUGGAAACGCUUUUCGCAGUGGAUUUUCCAGGAGCGGAGCACAAGCUGGCUUUGAUACUAGACAGAAGGACAAAGAGAGUUAUCGUGGAAACCCUGGAGGACGGCCGCAAACGCUCGCAGCACUUUACCGUGGACAUCCUCCACGACGACACCACAAUCAACGCCCUCAUCCUGGCAGUUAAUCAGACUCAACCUGGGGCACACGCCAACCUAUACAUCGACUGCGUGUCCUACGGAAUGGUGGCUACCCCCAAGUCAUUGAGAGACAUGUACAAGAGCAUGGGCAACCCGAAAAUUGAAGUGUUUCAUGAAAAGCGGUACCCAAUGGAAGUGGACUACCACAGGGAUCUGCGAAUGGUUUUGAGCAGAAAUGAAUGUCCUUUGCCUUUAGAGACUCAGUUCAGUAAGAAAUUCGACAGUUUCUUUGACGAUGAUCUAAAUAACGACCUCAGAGAUGACCCCAACGUACAAUCAGCUCCACCAGGAUACCCAGAGAAUGCCGUCGAUAAAAGCGAUAUCCCCAUACUGGAUACUAUAGAUGAUAUUGGAAUCAUUAAUACUUUGAACAAGCUCAUUGAAGUUGUCAACUUGGAAGUACGAAGAUGCGAAGAUACUACAAAAGCACUGGAGCAACUCAGGCAUCUUAUCACUGAAUGCGAGCUUUGUAAACGUCAACCAAUUCGUGAAGCCCCCAAUUGUCAAACUCAUCCCCCUGGCUGCUAUCCAGGUGUGCAGUGUCACAACACCGCCCAAGGACCUAGAUGCGGAUCUUGUCCUUCAGGAUACACUGGAGAUGGCUACCGAUGCACCCCCAAUCCAAGUUGCGCCGACAACCCCUGCUUCGAAGGAGUGGAGUGUAGAGACGGACACAACGGUCCACAGUGCGGGCAGUGUCCUAGGGGCUACGAAGGAGAUGGACGCAGGUGCGUCCGGAGGUCCUGCAACUUCGAGAACUGCGAAACCUGCGCCGACAACCCUUGUUUCAGGGGAGCUACGUGCAGGGACGGGCCGAGGGGGGCAGAGUGCGGACCAUGUCCAAGAGGUUACGAAGGCGAUGGACGCACUUGCGUGCGGAGGAACCCCUGCGAUUACAACCGAUGCGCCCCAGGUUUACAGUGCUACCCCACGGAAGAGCAUCCUUACUACAAGUGUAUGCGUUGUCCGGAAGGAACGACUAGUGAUGGCGCCGGUUGCCACGACGUAGAUGAGUGCGACCUAGUGCAGCCUUGCGACCCAAGAGUGGAGUGUACAAACCUCAAUCCCGGCUACAGGUGUGGCCCGUGUCCUCCAGGGUUUACAGGAAGCGGAGGGAUGCAAGGAGUUGGAAUACGGUACGCCGAAAGCAACAGACAGAGAUGUGUCGAUAUAAAUGAAUGCGCAGAUGGCAGGCACUGUCCGUCAAACUCUGAAUGCAUCAACACCGAGGGAUCCUUCCACUGCCAGUGCAGCUACGGUUACGUCGGAAAUCAAACAGUAGGAUGCUACCCCCGAGAAGGUUUCUGCCUCAGUGGCCAAAAGUGCGACAGGAACGCCGAAUGCAUAGAGUUAGGAUACGGUCACUAUUCUUGUCAGUGCAAGCCUGGAUGGGCUGGGAAUGGUGAAGUGUGCGGUCCCGACAGAGAUAUAGACAGGUGGCCUGACGUCGUCCUGCCGUGUUCUGACCGAAGUUGCAAAUUGGACAACUGUCCAGGUAUACCAAAUUCUGGACAGGAAGAUACUGAUGGAGAUGGCAUAGGCAACGCCUGCGAUAGGGAUGCUGACAACGAUGGUGUCGAAGAUGGAGACAACUGCCCUCUUCACCAGAACCCGAAGCAAGAGGAUUCCGAAAGAGGAGGUGGUGACUACGUAGGUGAUAUAUGCGACAACUGUCCUUACGUAAAAAAUCCUGACCAAACCGACAUCGACGGUGAUGGCAUCGGAGACGCCUGCGACGACGAUAUGGACAACGAUGGCAUUCCCAAUCGCGAAGACAAUUGCCCAAAGGUGUAUAAUCGUGAUCAGUCUGACAGAGAUGAUGACAGGAGAGGGGAUGUUUGCGACAAUUGUCCAGAUGUGUAUAACCCAAAGCAAGAAGAUGCCAAUGAGAAUCUUGUGGGAGAUGUUUGCGACAGUCCUAUUGACACUGAUAAGGAUGGUCACGCUGAUGUUUAUGACAACUGUAGAUUAAUUCCUAAUCCGACACAAGUUGAUGAUGACGGCGAUGGACUUGGAAAUGAAUGCGAUGAUGAUAUAGACGAUGACGGUAUCCCUAAUGAACGAGACAAUUGUAUUUAUUGGUAUAAUCCAGAUCAAACAGAUACAAAUCGUAAUGGUAUAGGAGACAUAUGUGAAGACGAUAUCGACAAAGACAACACAACAAAUAUCCACGAUAUAUGCCCGAACAACUCUCUUAUUUACCAAACGGACUUCAGCAAAUACCAAACCGUCGUCCUUGAUCCUGAAGGAGAGUCACAAAUAGAUCCCAACUGGGAAAUAUACAAUCACGGUGCUGAAAUAGUGCAAACCAUGAAUAGCGAUCCUGGACUAGCGAUUGGACAUGAUGCCUUCUCUGGUGUUGAUUUUGAAGGGACCUUCUUCGUUGACACUGAGAUCGAUGACGAUUACGUAGGAUUUGUCUUCGGUUACCAGAGCAAUUCAAAAUUCUAUGCUGUCAUGUGGAAGAAGAACCAACAAACCUACUGGCAGUCCACGCCCUUCAGGGCAGUGGCCGAACCAGGUAUCCAGAUAAAGGUCGUCGACUCAGAAACCGGCCCAGGCCAAUUGCUAAGGAACUCCUUGUGGCACACGGGCGACACCCCCAGACAAGUUAGGACCCUGUGGAGGGACCCCAAGAAUGUCGGAUGGAAGGAAAAAACGUCGUAUCGCUGGUUCUUGAUCCACAGGCCUUCUAUUGGUCUUAUCAGACUGAAAAUUUUCGAUGAGCAUCGCAUGAUUACCGACUCUGGCAAUAUAUUCGACAACACUUACAGUGGAGGAAGGUUGGGAGUGUUGUGCUUCUCCCAGGAGAUGAUUAUCUGGUCAGAUUUGGUAUAUAGGUGUAAUGAUAACUUGAGGGAAGAGAUUUAUAAUGAACUACCAGAAAGCAAGAGGAAGAGUGUGUCGAUCGAUAAUACACGCUCGUUCAGUAUCGCCCCACCAUCACCGGAACCACGAUUUUAAUGCACAUUAGAUACUGUUUGUAAAAUAAUGUACUUACAUUUCUCACCGUAUACUAUAACAUCAAUUACUUGUAUCAUUAACUUACUUAUAGUAAUUUCAUAUAUUAAUAUAAUUUUGUUGUCUGCCAUUGUUAAUAUUUUAUAGACUUUUGUUUAAUACAAAAUCCAAGUAGA